AAUACAAUAUAAAUUAAGCUCUCUCCCCUUUCUCUGCUCGCAACUUACUCAGAUCAGACGUAGCUCUGUGUUGAUUUUCUUCUGGUUGUUUAUCAAUUUCCAAGCCAAUUAGCCAAGCCCUUCAAUGGGGUUUCCUUUUCUACCCAUCAUUGCUUUCCUUGUGCAUGCUACAGUUGCAGUAAGCCAUGCAGACCUGCUACCUUCAGAGGUUUACUGGAAAUCAGUGUCCAAUGCUCCCAUGCCGAAAUCAAUCCGGGAUCUUUUACGGCCUGAUGGAAAUUUGAAGCCAACCAGCAGAUCUAAUGUAAAUGCUGUACUGCAGCCAGAUGACAACGUUGCAUAUGGGUUCAAUGUAAACUAUGGAAACUCUCAUGGGUUCAACUUAAACUACAGAGAUCUUCAUGGAUCAGGUGUUGGAAUGGAGACUGUGUUUCACCCAGAUGACAAUGUUGCAUAUGGGUUCAAUGUAAACUAUGGAAACUCUCAUGGAUCCAACGUGAACUAUGCAAAGUCUCUGGCCUCCAAGGACAAGUUCCAUCUUGAUCCCAACGUUGCUUAUUACUUCUUGGACGAAAGCUUGCGCCAAGGCACAAAGAUGAAUCUGGAUAUCACUGGAACCAGAAACAGAGCAACCUUCUUACCACGCCAGGUUGCAGACUCCAUACCCUUCUCAUCAAACAAGUUACCUGAAAUUUUACGUCGAUUCAGAGUCAAGCAGCACUCGGUAGCAGCAGAGGCGAUGGAGGAGACGAUCAAGGUAUGCGAGGCGCCUGCGCAAGAUGGAGAGAACAAGCAUUGUGCAACAUCCUUAGAAUCAAUGAUCGACUUCAGCACUUCAAAGCUGGGGAAAAGGAUUUGGGCCAAGUCUGCAGAGGUUGAUAAUGGUGGGAAGAAGAUCCUGAAACAGCAGUACAUGAUUGGCUCAGGCCUACAGAAAAUGGUCGACAAUCCAGUGGUGUGCCAUAGUCUGAACUACCCAUACUCUGUGUACUACUGCCAUUUGAUACAGAGAACGAGGUCAUACUUGGUUCCAUUGGUUGGUGCCAAUGGGGUGAAAGCCAAGGCAAUUGCUGUGUGUCACACAGAUACGUCUAAAUGGAAUCCUCAGCACUUGGCCUUCCGAUUACUCAAGGUUAAGCCCGGGACUGUGCCUAUCUGCCACCUCCUUCGGGAGGAUACUAUUGCUUGGUUUCCAAGCCAGAAGCUGAAAUAGAGCUUUCAACUUUUGUAGUAUGUCUAAGCUCGCAGCCUUUAGUUUGGCUAUUGCACUACUUUAUAUAUAAAAGAGUGUGCCCGUUCUCCACACCACAUUAGCUUAUUUCCCUUAUCAGACAUAUCCAUUGCUAGCUGCUUUGCUUUAAGUAGUUUUCAGAUUUUUACAUGUAAAAUAUAUUUAAAGAUACGAGCAUAUAAAUCUAAACAAAAAUAUGCCCAUUAUUUACUAUUUAAA